AAUCCUCCGCCAUAUGCAUAGCGGUUAUCAAUAUCGUAGUCCAUCGUAAGUGUGAUCAUGGCCGCCUCUGCCCAGCCAAAGCCCAAGAAAUCUGCCGUCGCGAGGAAACCCAAACCCUCGCCCUCACAUCCACCUUUCGCCGAGAUGAUCGCGGAUGCGAUCGCAAGUCUCAAGGAGAGGACCGGUUCCAGCCAGUAUGCCAUCACCAAGUUCAUCGAGGAGAAGCACAAGCAUUUGCCUCCCACUUUCAGGAAGCUCUUGCUGAACAAUUUGAAGAAGUCCGUGGCUGCCGGCAAGCUCGUCAAGGUCAAGAACUCCUUCAAGCUUCCACCUAAAAAGCCGGCUCCUGCUACGGAGAAGCCCCCAAAGCCAACCGUCAAGGCCGCAUCUAAGCCCUCUGCUAAACCAAAAGUGGUGGCUAAGCCCAAAGCCGUUCCCAAACCCAAACCUUCAUCUGCAAGAAGUGCAAAAGCGACUUCGAGGCCGGUAAAGGUAUCGGCCAGGACCUCUCUCGGGAAGAGGGUGGUCAAAGCGGCAAAGAAUGUGAAGAAGCCCAAGAGCGUCAAAUCGCCGGCCAAAAAAGAGGCUGUCAAGAAGGUCAAGAAGUAGAAAGUAGCAAGCGGUUGUUUGUCUGUAAAUUCGUUUGUAGAAUGGAAAGGAUUAUAGUUCGUUUAUUUGCUAAUGAAAGAAUGUUUCUAGUUGCAA